AUGUGCAGCAAAAAUCGACUCGCUCCUCUCAAAAGGGUCACCCUUCCACGCUUGGAGCUCCUUGCCGCUCUUUUAGGUGCCAGGCUCCUCCGCUACUUCAGCCGGGCAACAGACUACCCGAUUACGGAUGCUACCUUAUGGAGCGAUUCUCUGGUUACGUUGGGAUGGAUACGAGGAGACCCCAAUAAAUGGAAAACCUUCGUUUGUAACAGAGUGACCGAGAUUCAAACUUCCACUGCCCCUAGCCAGUGGCGAAUGUGGAAUGGUCCUAUUUGGCUUGCACAGCCUCCAAACUGCUGGCCUAAUGAUACUAACGUCCUAGACCCCACCCUACCGGAGGCCAAGAAAGCUGUGAACCAAGUUCUGACCGUCUCCUUGUUCGAGCCACUGCUUCAAAUUUCUAGAUUCAGUUCCCUUUGGAAGGUGUUACACAUCACCGCCCUCGUUAUUAGGUUUGUUCACAUGUUAAAGAGGAACGAACGACCACCAGCAGGCCUGACGGCGUCGGAAAUACACAAGGCGCGUAUGUACUGGAUCCGAGCAGUCCAAUCGGAAUGUUUUCCCGAGGAAGUAAGUCGUCUAAAGAGAGGCGAACUUGUGCAACGCACAUCGAGGAUUGCUUGUUUCAACCCUUACAUGGAAGAUGGAUUGAUUCGUUUAGGUGGAAGAUUGCAGUUCUCCAGACUUAUGCCAGAUGAAAAACAUCCCAUUAUACUCGACGGCUCUCACCACUUCACGAAACUAUUGAUCAUGCAGACCCAUGUUAACCUUCAUCAUCUCGGAGUACAUAUUGUUCUGACGGAGCUCAGACAACAGUUCUGGAUACUGAGAGCCCGCCAAGCCAUAAGGAAAGUGCUCCAUGACUGCAUGCCCUGCAAAAUAGCUCACAACCGACACGCAGAUGCGUUAGAAGCACCACUUCCUGCGGACAGGGUUCAACCCUCCAAACCCUUUUCAAAUAUAGGAAUCGACUUCGCCGGACCCUUAUACAUUAAGUCCGGUGGAACCACUAAGAAAGCAUACAUUCUUCUAAUCACUUGCUCUUCCACGAGGGCACUGCACCUUGAGCUUACGACGGACCUCUCCACGGACCGAUUCCUGAUGGCCCUACAACGGUUUGUUGGAAGAAGAGGGCUACCCCACACCAUUUACUCAGAUAAUGCUCAGACCUUUCAUGCAGCCAACAAGGAACUAAAGGAAUUCGGUUCCGUGUUGUUAGAUCCCCGCACGCACCAAUAUCUCGCUCACCACAAUGUCACUUGGAAGUUUAUCCCCCCAAGGGCGGCUUGGUGGGGAGGGUGGUGGGAGAGGAUGGCGGGAUCCGAUAAACCCUGCCUACGGAAGACUUUAGGGAAGCUGCAGACCGACGAAGAGCAGACGAAUACCCUACUUGUCAGUAUUGAAGCCGCCCUCAAUUCGAGACCGCUCACAAAGGCGGAUGACCAGAACACCUUGACGCCAGCUCACUUCCUGACUGGAGAAAGACUGACCACGAUACCCUCCGGACAAGCAGCAGCAGCAACUUCUAGUCUGAGCAAGCUGUAUAGGCUGAGGCAAAAGAUUGCAGACGACUUCUGGAGACGUUGGAUAAAGGAUUACCUCCUAGAACUAAGAUCCUUCCAUACACGCCGGAAUCCACGUAAAUCAGCUGAGCUCAAGAUUGGAGAUGUUGUACUCCUGCAGGAGGACCACAUUCGACGCCACAUGUGGAAGUUGGCUCGAGUGGAAGGACUUCGACCUGGCAGAGAUGGCAUGGCGCGGAUCGUGCUCCUGAGGACGACCCAUGGCUCGCAGACUGCCAGACCCAUUCAGCUGGUUAUCCCUCUGGAGAUCGGGAUAGACCAGGGUGGGGAGGAUGUGGAGGACACUCGCAUGCCAUCUGGUGUGGAGGACACUCGCGCGCCAUCUGGUGUGGAGGGCACUGGCACGCCGUCUGGAGGGAUGCUACCAAACCGUUUGAUCUCUUUGUACCCCAGUCUCAGUCUCAAAUAA